AUGAGUAAAACGAAGUUGUCAUUAAACGGCAUAUCGCGCAAUCUAACAAACUGCGAGAAGUUUUUGGGACGUUUUACAUUCAGCACAGGUCUCUUUUUUUUUCUAAAAUCUAUAGUUUUUGUUGCCAUAAUAUAUGCCUUGUACUACGCCUACGCAAUACGUGUCUUAAAUGCGAAGAUGUACGGCGAGCUUAUCCACGAAUUCGACCCGUGGUUCAACUACCGUGCGGCGGAGUACCUUAGCACGCACGGCUGGUCUUCCUUUUUUCAGUGGUUUGACUACAUGAGUUGGUACCCCCUUGGCCGCCCGGUCGGCUCUACGAUCUAUCCAGGCAUGCAGAUCACUGCGGUGGCGAUCCACCGUGUGCUGAAUGCGGUGGGUAUCCACAUGUCCAUCAACGCAGUCUGCGUGUACAUCCCAGCGUGGUUUGGCGUGGUGGCAACACUCUUGAACGCGCUGAUCACAUAUGAAAUAUCCGGUUCCCUCCUGGCGGUGGCGGUGGCGGCAUACACCUUCUCCAUGGUUCCAGCGCACACAAUGCGGUCCAUGGCGGGUGAAUUCGACAAUGAGUGUAUCGCCGUGGCGGCUAUGUUGUUGUGUUUCUACUUGUGGAUCCGAUCGCUGCGCAACGCGCGGUCGUGGCCAGUGGGGCUGGUGACAGGAUUGGCGUAUGGCUACAUGGUGGCGGCGUGGGGAGGACACGUAUUCACACUCAAUAUGAUUGCACUGCACGCAGGGCUGUCAGCCCUGCUGGACUGGGCUCUCAAUAGGUACAAUCCCUCGCUGCUGUAUUCCUAUUCAUUGUUCUUUAUCGUGGGGACCACCAUCGCGACGCGUGUGCCACCCGUAGGAAUGUCACCGUUCAAGUCCUUGGAGCAACUCUCUGCGUUGUUGGUAUUCGUUUUUCUGUGGACACUGCACAUGUCAGAAGCCCUUCGCAAACGUGCUGACGUCAACAACAUUCGGUCGCGCAAGUGCCUUCGUAUUCGCAUCCGCGCGCUCUCAAUGACAGCGUUUGGAUUGGUACUGGCAGCGGCACUGUUGUUGCCUUUAGGGUACUUCCAAUCAUUCUCACACAGAGUGAGGGCCCUGUUUCUGAAGCACACCUACACAGGCAAUCCCCUCGUCGAUUCUGUCGCAGAACAUCAAGCCACAUCCCGUGAGACGUUCCAAUCAUUCCUACGAAUUUGUGAAACCGGCUGGAUUUUGGGUUUUGCAUUAUUGUUACUGAAUUGCGUGAUGAGGGAAACCCCAGCAAAGACGUUUGUGCUUAUCUAUUCUGUUGCAGCGUAUUACUUCUCCCAGCGCAUGUCACGAUUAUUAAUCCUUGCCGGUCCUGUUGCAUCAACACUAACAGGGUUCAUUUUCGGACUAACGGCUGAGUAUGUCUUUAGCACAUUGUGGUGGAACGUGGCCACAGGCGAUCCCGAGGCCGAGGUCGGUUCAGUGUUAGACAAAAGGAAAACGCUAUUCAAGACAAACACAAAGAAGAAAGAAAUUACACACAACGACAAAAAAAAAACGGUAAUGGCGGUAUCUUUACCUCAAUGA